CCAGUCCGCGGCCGUCGCGGCCGUACGGAUCAGUAGAAUUGGUCAGAGGCCAUCAAAGAUCACAAAACGCCAAUUGCCAAUCGCUCCGUGGCACCACACAGCGCUAAACAAGCUGUGCAGCACUGCACAUGCUAACCACAUUGAUGCGCCGCACCCACGCAACAAGCCUCCUCACCCUCAUCACGACACAAACCCGCGCCAUGACCACGACCUGCCGCACCGUCGACUGGCGCUGGCUCGAGACGACGCCGUCGACGAUGGACGCCGCGAAAGACCUUUUGAAGGAGCGCGGCGACACCGACGCGCGGCCCCUCGCCGUCGCGACGGCGCAUCAAACGAAAGGAAGAGGGACGAGAGGUAGAAGCUGGACCGACGACGGACGCGGGAACGUCGCGCUGACCGUGGCAUUUCCAUCAGAAAUACCUCUGGCGCCGAUCACGCUACUACCGUUACGCGUGGGCACCGUCGUCAUCGACGCUUUGAAUGACUCACGACUUUCGUUGAAGUGGCCCAACGACGUGUUGUUGGAGGGCGGCAAGGUCGCGGGCAUCUUGGUCGAGUCCGAUGGAAACGCGAUCUACGUCGGCGUGGGGGUCAACGUGGCCUCCGCGCCGGCCGUGCCGUCGGCGGGACCGGAUAGAGGUCGACGGGCCGCGAAAAUUCCUGGAGACGCGUUUGCCAUCGCGCAGAGCAUCGCGGACGGCCUCGGCGCGUGGAGCCAGGACCGGGACGACGCUACGAGCGUGAUAACCGACUGGUCCGCGCGCGUGGACUGGGCGGCCGACCUGGAGCUGCGCGAGACCGGCGAGCUUGUAAAACCGGUGCGGCUGCUGCCGGACGGGCGGCUAAAAGUGAGGGGGGCCGGCGGCGAGCGGGCCCUCGUCGCGGACUACCUCCUCUGAGUAAGUGUGUUU